AAGAUUCUUAGGGGGCCCUCGAAGACGUACCAUUUUCAGCAUUUCCGCCCAAGUAGACGGAGUAUCAAUCGUUGUAUCUCCAGAAAUCGGGUGCCCUGUCACUCAUGAAAGAAAAGGAUGUGGUAUCUGUCGAGCAUGUCGCCGAUAGCUACCAGACCAAGCCCUCUGAGUUUCUAUACACCUUCGAUAAGCCGACAAAUGUAGUCGGUCACUCGAAGGCGGAGCUCUGGAUGUCGUGCUACGAUUUGGAUGACAUGGAUGUCUUUGUGUCGCUCCGAAAAGUCAGUAAGGACGGCAAGGACCUGGAGCAUGUCAACGUACCCUGGCGCUCCCUGCCUGCAGAAGUCGACACGCAAGAUGAUGUUCCCAUGGCACAAACAGUCAAGGUAAUACGGAUGUGGCAUACUCCGAGCUUUCCACCGCGCUCAGGAUCCUGAGAAGAGCACCUCUAUGGUUCCGCAUCACAGUAGACAAGGUGAGCGAGUCAACCUCCACACACCUAGUGGCAACGUUCAAUCAGGAGACUCGGCGCAAAGCCUAGCCCAAAUGCGUAUUUGCCACGGUGGAACUCGCACUUCAGUGAGAUUUGUU